AUGCAACGCUCUGCAGCCAAAACCCAAGCUGAUAAACGUAGACGUGGGUCAUCUGCCCAAGCUACCACACCUCCAGAAGAGAGUGUGGAGGUAGAAGAUAUUGUCCCAGGAUGCUUGACGAAGACCCAAUGGACAGACCUGUUGCUCCGAGAGGAUUCAGAUGACAUAGUGGGGGAGAUCAUGGAGGAACUGUUGAGUAAGGUCUUGGACAGCUGUUUCAAGGUUUACAUCAAAAGACAGGUGAAACUCAAAAGCUAUAUUACCUGUAUAUAUCCCCUAUAUUCUCAUUCCAUCCAAUUGAGCAACACAUGCCAAAAGUAUGCAUAGUUUUAACACCUGUCUUAAAUCUUUGCUCAUAAGGUGGUACCUUACUCUGCAUCUUGGGCAAAGAGCUUCCUCACAAAAAUUGUGGAGCAGCAAAUUCUGUGUGUCGGAGGAGAGGGACCAGGGGAAGCAGCUAAAAUAGAAGACACAGAACCUUUGCCAUCAAUUUCAGACACCUGGGUACCUGUUUUGAAGGUUGCCACACCUAGACCUCAGCCUACCGUGCCACAGGUACCCUGAAAAUAUUGUUCCUCUCUUCAGAUACCAAACAAUUUCUACAUCUAUAUCCCUAUAACUCUUUAUCUGUUUCUUUCAGGAAGCUGACACUGAAGUCUCGAUACAAAAGGAGCCAUGCACCAACCAGCAAUAUCAUAACACAGUCCAAACAAGAAGCUCCCUGAGGCAAUCUGAAGAGCAAACAAGUCCUAGGAGGCCUCUCCCCGAGAAGCAUCAUGAAGUGUUUACACCUCGUCCACCACCAAAAAUGAACAGGAAAAAAGUUCCGCUGAUUAAUACGCCUCCUAAACCUGUCCAAAAUGAAUUACUGCCGCCUCUGUCCUGCUCAGCAGAGAAAGAGGGUUUAAGGUCUGGAAGUAGAAAUGCGAGAAAUUCAGCAUCUAGCAAUAUGACUGAAUCAUUUUCUCAAAAGGACCCCAAACCCAUACCAAAGCUUGACCCCUCCUGCUUGCCUCGACACUUCACCUUUCCUCAGAUUGAGAUUCUGGAUAACAACUCCACAAAACCUUUCUCUACGAAACCCAGCCGACUAUCCAAACUUGAACCAAGAUCCAACAAGCACAAAAGUGAGUGGCCAAAAAUCUCACUGGAGUUGCUGAGCAGCUCUAAAGAUGAGUCAGCAAACUUUCAGAGGAAAAAUGAGGCAGAUAUUCGGCCGAAGAAGAUGUCUUCUUUACAAAGAGAGGAAGGGGUAGCGUCUUCAAGGCUAUUUAGGCCAGAAAAAAUGGAUUUGGCGAAAGGUGUUUCCAUUCUGGAUUCUCACACGGUUGCUAUAAACUCUGUUAAAUUGAAUCCUCUCACUCAGUCCACCAAUUUGAGGCCAAUACAACGCGAAGCAGCUCUGCCUCUAUUUUCAGUGGAUCAGGUUAUCACCGGUCAAUCAUCUCAGAUCACUCCAUUGGUUCAGUUCAGAAACUGA